AUGAGUUUAAUUAAUCGUAAAAAGUCGAAAGAAACUCGUCAACCACCUCCUAAAAAGCGAAAACGAGACUUAUGGACCGACGCAUCACAAAAUCAGAAUGACAAUAUCAAUGAUGAUAAUGAUGAUGGUUGUAGCGAAUAUAACCAACCAUCUGCAUCAAGAAUAACAAUAUUCAAACACACUGGAAGUAAUGUGAAAGUUAAAAAUAGUAGUACUCCAGUUAUGAAUCGUAAGCGUCAACAUAAUAAUAGUUCAACAGUACGAUCUGCCAUGUUAUUUGACGAUGACGAAGAAAUGGAUCAUCGUCAGAAUAUACAGAUAAGAAAUGGCAAUUCAAACGGCAAUAUGGCAAGUUCCUCAAAUAAUCCGCCACCAGUCUCAUUAUCGAGUAUUCAAAGAGAUUUACCACCUUCACGGAGUAAUUCAAGUGAUAGACGGCCAAUAACCACAAAUGGAUUCCAAUUUUUUGCAGACGACACACAGAGAGAUUUAACAUUCAACGAAAGUGCAACAUGCACUGCCAAUGUGUCACCAGGUGGUUGCCUUUUUUGUAUGAUAGUGGACUAUAUGCUCAAGUUUCCUCAACAUCCAGUUUGUGAAAAACAUUUACCGUUUCUAAAUAACACAUCUCAUGUACAUCAACAAUCGAGUUCUCAUCCACCAACUAUAGCAUCAGGUCCUUUUCCGUUUUUGAGACCAUCACAUUAUUCUUCGUAUCUGCCGUUUUUUUAUCCUCCACCAUAUCAUCACUAUCCAUAUGGAUAUUAUCGCCGACAUUCUCCAAAUCGAAGAAGAUCAAGAUCAGAACAAAGGCGAUCCCGUUCUCAAUCACAGGAACGGCAGCCAGCAGCUAUAUCAGUACCAGUACAACAACAUUCAGUAGCCACGGUAACCAAUGUAAAUAACGAAAAUAUGCCAAUAAUGAGUGAUAGAACAAAUACCGAACGGGCACAAGCCGUCGAACAACGAUCUGUACAAAUUCAAGUACAUGAAAGUCAGAAAAUUCAUGAUAGUCCCGAACAUCUAGAAGUGUAUGAUGAUGGCCAAGAAUCUGAAACACAUAUUAAUCAGCAACAAGAAUCAGCAUCAGAUGCUCCAUUAUGUUCCGAUACGAGCGCUAUGCAAGGUUCAUCUGAAGCAUUUCUAACAGCACCUGUCGUACUUAAUACAUCCUCGGUAACAAGUAGUAAUCAUAGCAGCGGAAAUGUAUUGAAUCGUGCAACGCUUCAAUCAUCUGAUGAACAACAUAAUUCUAUUAUCACUCUAAACUCACAACAAAUAGAACAAAUACCUUCAACAACAACAAUAACAGGAGCAACUGUGACAGUUGAUGCAGUAUUAGCUACUGAUAGUAUAGAUGUGGAUGUUAAUUUCAAUGAUGAAAUAUCAGUGAAAGAUCCAGAAGAUAUAUUAAAAUUGAUGAUGUUUACCAAUAGACCAAAACCGCGCUUUGGACAUCGAACGUUGAAUAGCAAUUCCACAAUUAUAACAAGUCCACAACAAACGAAAAUCAUACCAACUACAAAUACAAAAUUAGUCUCACAUGAAGAAACAAAUUUACCAUCAUAUCUAUCGACGAUCAAUGAAGAACAAUUACCUCAAAUUGUUGUCGAUGAUGAUGCAAGUUCAAUGGGAAGCGUUAUUUAUCUGAAAACAUUAUCAUCUCCAAAAGAGAAUGAAGUACCGGUGACAACAACUACGAAAGAAUCGGAAAAUAAUAAUAAUUUACCAUCUUCUGUUAUAACAUUGACAAGUUCUAAUGAUAGUUUAAGAAAUAGUCAACAAAUUACGAACGCGAGCUAUUCAAUGCCAACGGAAUCACAACUUGUAUUUCGUAUGGCAGCUAAUGAUACCGGUUUUAGUCAAUCACAACCAAAUGAAAUAAGUGAGCCGGAACAACGUGUUAUUAUUAAGUGUCAAGAAGAGAAUGAUGAUAUAUUAUCAUAUUCACAAUUUACAUCAGAUAGAAGCUAUCAUUCAUUGUCAAUUCGAUCACAACAACAAAGAGAAAGAAAAAAACAGAAUACUACAUAUCAAAUACCAAAUAUCGGCGGAACAGUUUAUUUAAUUACAUUUGUAACGUGUAUAUUUGCCAAUGAACCUGUCUAUGUACAUACACUGUAUGGUGACAUAGUAGGAUAUCAAACGGACAUUGCACGCGUAUUCUAUGGUAUUCCCUAUGCACAACCGCCCGUUGGUCCAUUAAGAUGGAAUAAUCCGGUACCUGUUGGAAGGUGGGAUCCUAAAAUUUUAAAUGCGACACAACCAGCACCUGCAUGUCCUCAACCAAAGUGCAAUCUUCCACCAACAUUAUGUCCAAAAGUUUUGUCUGAAGAUUGUUUAUAUUUGAAUAUUUUCACUCCUUUAACGAAUACCUCUUCAAAUGAUCCUUUACCAGUGAUGAUAUUUAUAACAGGUGGUAAUUUUCAAUUUUUGUCAGCAUCAAUUCUAAUUUAUGAAUCUGAACGUUUUGCCAAUUCUACAAAUGUGAUCACGGUUUUUAUUCAAUAUCGAUUAGGUGUACUUGGAUUUUUUGCAACUGGAAAUAAAGACACUGAUAUUAAAGGAAAUUAUGGAAUAUUAGAUCAAAGAUUAGCACUCGCAUGGAUCAAAGCGAAUAUUUAUAGCUUCGGCGGAAAUCCGGAUCAGAUAACAUUAUUUGGACAAAGUGCUGGCGCGCAAUCGACCGCUCUUCAUUAUAUUUCUGAUGAUACUCAAUCAUUUUUUCGUGCAGCAAUCAUUCAAAGUGCACCAAUGUCGAUACCAUUUAGAACAUACAGUGAAUAUAUUAGUGUUAAUGUUUUAUUGUCACAACAAAUACGUUGCCAAGUCGGUGAUAUUUUGUGUUUGAGAUCAAAAACAGCUGAUGAAAUUAUUCAAGCACAAACAAUAGUCAAUAAUAAAAUAACAUCAUUAAAAAUUCUUUUAUUUUUUGAACCAUGGGUACCUGUAAUUGAUCAUAAAGUUGUUUUCGGACAAUUAACUGAGACAAUUAACAAUGUGACAUUUCCAUUGAAACCACUUAUGAUUGGUACGGUGACAGAAGAAGCUCUACUCUUCAUCUACGAAGGAUGGACAAAACCAUUGUCUGCUACAUUGUAUGGUGAAUUGCUUGUCGGUGCAUUUGGUCGUCGAGCUUUAGAAGUAAUAGAACGAUAUCCCCCCGAUGGAUUCGAUGAUCAACGUCCAAUACUUUCUGUGGUCGCUACACAAUGGGUAUUUUCGUGCUCAACACGAUUAUUUUUAAGAAAAGUAUUAGUAAAAUCAAAUUCACCAUCAUAUUACUAUGCAUUUGGUUUUCCCCUUGAUUUUCCUGGUUGGGCCAAUCUUACAUUUUGUGAAGGACAUGUUUGUCAUGGUGGAGAAUUGGCCUUCAUCUUUAUGUCUGCUUGGGAUAAUUUUACGGAUGUAGGCAAAGUUGUAUCAACUCAAAUGGCAAAUUACUGGACAAAUUUUGCUAAAACAUUGAAUACAAAUCAACCGGCAGCUAUUAAUGUUAAUUGGCCUCAAUUGAAUAAAACUCUUCCAUACAUGUAUUUCCAUCAACCACCAUUUAACGUUGACAAUAAUUAUUUGGGUAAGGAAUGUGAUUUUUGGGAUAGUAUUGGAUAUAAAACAUUAGAAAAAAUUCAUUUGUAG